AUGAAAAAUCAAACCACAGUAACCAAGUUUAUUCUCUUGGGACUUUCAAGCGACCCACACCUCCAGAUUUUCCUAUUUCUGGUCUUUUUAUGUAUUUACUUAAUCACCCUGAUAGGGAAUACGGUGAUCAUGCUAGUGAUAAAGGUUGAUUCUCAACUUCACACCCCUAUGUACUUUUUCCUAUUCCAUUUAUCCUUUGUUGAUAUCUGCUAUUCUUCAGCCAUGGUGCCUAACAUGUUAAAGAACGCCCUCUCAAGACAGAAAACAAUUUCCUUCUAUGGCUGCAUUGCUCAGAUGUUCUUCUUCAGUCUGUUAGCUACGUCUGAAGUUUUCACUCUCUCAGCAAUGGCUUAUGACCAAUACACUGCCAUAUGUGACCCUCUGCAUUAUGUGGAGACCAUGAACAGAGAAGUCUGCAGGAUGCUGGUAGCUGGCUCCUGGGGGAUCAGUUUCUUCUACUCUCUGUUAAAUACUCUUUCAGUAUUAAAGUUACACUUCUGUGGGCCCAAUGAAAUUGGCCAUUUCUGCUGUGAGCUCCCUCCACUACUAGUCCUGUCCUGCACUGAAGCACUUUCAAGUCAGAUGCUGAUUAUUUCUUCCACUAUGCUAUUAGGACUGAGCUCCUUCCUCCUUACCAUGGGCUCCUACAUUAGCUUCAUCUCCACCAUCCUGAGGAUAUGCUCCACAGAGGGCCGGCGUAAAGCCUUCUCCACCUGCAGCUCCCACCUCAUCAUGGUGGGUUUGUGCUAG